AUGGCCAGCCACGCUCCGUUCGACUGCGAUUAUGCCGCGCCCUCGACGGCCAUCGACACGGCAAUCGAGGGUAGCUCCCAAUUCACCGCCAAGCAAGAGGGCUCGCCCGUUCCUUCGCGCUCAACAUCGCUUGGACUAGAAUCGGUCAUUACAGACAGCAUCGAGAAUAAUGGGGUGUCAACGACUGUCGGGCGAAAGCGCAAGCUGAACAGCACGUCAUCGCGAGGCGUUCACAACCUCACACCCGAUCAAUUGGCGAAGAAACGUGCCAAUGAUCGCCAGGCGCAGCGCGCAAUCCGCGAGCGCACCAAGGGGCACAUUGAAGCUUUGGAGCAGCAAGUUCGGGAUCUUUCGUCUCAAAAGCCCUUCCUCGAUCUGCAGGCUGCCGUUCAACACAAUGAGCGCAUUAGGUCGGAGAACAGAGAGCUACGCCAGGGGCUCAAGGCGGCGAUGGAUAUCAUACAACCUUUACUUGCAAAACCGGAGCCGAGUGAUCUACCUUCGUUUCUCUCUCUACCGACAUCCAUCCCACCCCCGGCCCAUACUCCUCCCUUCCUCGAUUCGGAACACUUGACACCUGGUAGCCAAGCUGGAGGGCCAGCCGACAGGUCAUAUGACGAGUCUAUUGCAAGCCAUGACACACCUUCACCCGCACGGUCAACUUCCGCCCCAGGGAGUCGCCGCAACAGUAGCAAUGGAACCCUACAGACGUCUUCAUUCCGCAAUGCGCUGGAUUCACAGCGCCAUCACGUCGCCCAUGGGCUAGACUUCAGCGUGGAGGAACGAUUAGGCUUCAAUUUUCUCUUGGAUCCUUCCCAGAAUGUUCCCAAAGUCGACCGUCUUCGGCGCAGCAGCUCUGAGAAUAUCCGGGCUACUCAUUUAACAACCCCGUCACCACUUUACUUGCAACCACUGGGUUACCCCACAUCCAACCAGGCUCCAAGUGCAUUUGCUACUCCCAUCAAAAACACCGGUCCUGUAUGUCCGUUGGACAGCAUCCUGCUGGACUUCCUACAUAACCGGCAACGCGAGGCGGCGCAGGGAAUCCCACGCCAGAAGCUCGUUGGACCACCAUACCCGAGUGUUUCUUCACUUUUGAACCCCGAGAAGGGUGCAUAUUCGCACCCUGUGUCAAAAGUGUUCACGGACAUACUUCGCACGUUCCCCGACAUCUCCUCACUACCAGAGCAAGUUGCCGUGCUCUACACCAUGUUCCUUCUCAUGCGGUGGCAGAUCUUCCCUACCCAAGAGAACUAUGAUAGAUUACCAGAAUGGCUCACGCCGCGUCCUACACAACUUCUUGAGGCCCAUCCGGCCUGGGUCGACUAUAUACCUUGGCCCCGAAUGCGUGAUCGGGUUUCCACAAGUCACCACGAUUAUCCGUUUGAGAAUUGGUUCAUUCCCUUCACACGUGGCUUGUCUGUUAAUUGGCCAUACGAAGCUACCGACUGCCUGCUGUCAGCCGGUGACUCGGACGAGCUACUCAUAAAUCCUGUUUUUGAGCGACACAUGCGAAAUCUGAAUAACUGGUCUCUGGGUCCGUUGUUCGCAGAGACCUAUCCAAAUUUGGUCGAUGCCACGCGAAUCAGACCUGAGGUGACCAAGAAGCCAUCAACACCGUGUCCCUUACCACCCUCUUGA